GCGUAGUUGUUGAAACCCAACUCCCCGAAGCAACUUUCUUCUAGCUGAAUUUUGAUUGGCUGUUUCAGGUGGCUCACUUCACGAACCGCUUACUUUAUGAAGUGUCUGGGCGACAAUUGAUAGUCUUCCUCUUUUGAUUUUCAAUUCUCCAUUAUGGGUAAGGGAAAGCCUAGUGGUCUUAACGCCGCACGCAAGUUGCGCACCCACCGUCGCGAGAACCGUUGGGCUGACAAGCAAUUCAAGAAGCGUCUUCUUGGAACAGCUUUCAAGUCAUCCCCCUUCGGUGGUUCAUCCCACGCCAAGGGUAUCGUCCUUGAAAAGAUUGGUGUCGAAGCCAAGCAACCUAACUCUGCCAUUCGUAAGUGUGUCCGUGUUCAACUUAUCAAGAACGGCAAGAAGGUUACCGCUUUCGUCCCCAAUGACGGUUGUCUUAACUACGUCGACGAAAACGACGAAGUCUUGAUCGCUGGUUUCGGUCGUAAGGGCCGUGCUAUUGGUGAUAUUCCUGGUGUCCGCUUCAAGAUCGUCAAGGUUUCCGGCGUCUCUCUCCUUGCUUUGUACAAGGAAAAGAAGGAGAAGCCCAGAUCUUAAGUAUCUCGCUUCUUUCUUUGUUUAUUGCCUUUAUCAACAAUAAAACUACCAAUCUGGGCUCUGUGAAUUACAGAUGCAAUGUAUAAAUUGGAAGUGGUUUUGGGUAUCCUACUGCCACUAUUGUCACGCU